AGAGCGUAGUUUUUUUUUUUGUUUUACCCCUUCUAAAUUUUCUUUUUUCUUUUUUUAAUUUUUAAUUUAGAGCAUCUAAAUUCUCCAGUUUUGUUCUUCUUUCGUGGGGAGAAGAAAAAGAGAUGGAGUCCUCGACUUCUUUCAGAAGUCUCUAGUGGCGCUUGGAAACCCUCGAUCCGAUCUUUGGUUAUUGCUCGAAGUUUUAUUUGGAAGCUUGAUCGGCAUCGCCAUGGCCGCGCCCUUCUUCUCAACGCCGUUCCAGCCCUACGUUUACCAGAGUCCCCAAACAACAGUGACCGCUUUUCAAAUAUUGGGUGGAGAAUCACAAAUUUUACAGAUAAUGUUGAAAUCACAAGAGAAGGUAACCGCAAAGCCAGGUACAAUGUGUUACAUGUCUGGUUCCAUUCAAAUGGACAAUAAUUACCUCCCUGAAAAUGAAGGGGGUUUCUGGCAGUGGCUUUUCGGAAAAAGCGUAACAAGCAUAGUUCUUUUUAAUUCUGGUUCAGAGGAUGGAUUUGUUGGAAUUGCAGCACCCUCUCCUGCGAGGAUACUCCCGAUUGACUUGGCAAACUUUGGUGGAGAAAUUCUUUGCCAGCCAGAUGCAUUCCUUUGCUCUGUCAAUGAUGUAACAGUCUCAAGCACAGUUGAUCAGAGAGCCCGCAAUAUUGAAGUUGGUGCAGAGGCAAUCCUUAAACAGAAGCUGAUAGGGCAGGGCCUUGCUUUCCUUGUUGGUGGUGGUUCAGUUGCACAGAAAAUUCUUGCUUCUGGUGAAGUACUAGUUGUUGAUGCUGCCUGCAUCGUAGCUAUGACGAAUACCAUCAAUUUCCAGCUGAAGCACUCCAACCCAAUGAGAAGGGUGGUAUUUGGCGGCGACAACCAAUUAAUGGCUACUCUAACAGGACCUGGUGUUGUCUUUAUUCAGAGUUUACCCUUCCAUCGACUUUCUCAGCGUAUUGCAAGGGCUGUCACAGCGCCAAGCAUGAGGGAAAACCCUAAGUUCUUCAUUCAGAUAGCGAUUUUCUUCUUUCUGGCAUAUGUUAUGAUUGUAUCGUCGUUGAUAUUGACGGAUGUCUAGUUCCUACCCUCCUCUCCAAUAUUCAUUUCCUUCAUACGUAAUUCUCAUAGCGAUAGGAGGUACCUUUUUUUCCUUGUAGGCGUUAAGGAUAUUGACGUUAAAUCGAAAAGGGGGGUGAAAGUAUGGGAAUUUGAUGUUUAGUUUUUCUAGCUUGAUGCAAAAAAUAUUGCUAUUCAGCAUGAUCAAAUUGCCAGCUUUAUUUCUUCUGAAGGGUUUUGGGAUAUUUUUUUCUGGCUGGGGUAGUUCUGCUGAUUACUUCAGGAUCGUGAACUGGGGAAAUAUGCAGAUGACCACUGGAUUGUGGAUAAUCUUUACUUUGUAACUUAUCUAUUGAUUCCUUGAAGUAAGAAAGCUCUUUUGACUUCAUCUAGUAGUUGGUCUUGACAUUACAUUAUAAGAAACUUGCGAUUUUCAGGGAAGAAGGGCAAGUAGAAAUCGAAGCUUUUAUGUAAUUUUAUUGUAUUAUAUAAUCUUACUUCAGUGUCUGAAUUUGUAGUGGAUCGAGAACUAUGGAAUGUGAAAUUACGUUUUGAAGCUGUCUUUGCUA